CUUGUCGACACACACUCGAAAUUCACACUUUCCUCGCUGUAUAAAGGAGAACCGACGCAUUAAAACAACCCCGCAACCAUGAGUGUGGAAGGCUGCACGAAAUGCAUCAAAUAUAUGCUGUUCUUCUUCAACUUUAUUUUCUGGCUGGCUGGAUGUGUAAUCCUGGGCGUCUCUCUGUGGCUCCGUCAUGACGAAAAAACCAGCAGCCUGUUGGCCCUGAAGUUUGAAGGCACAGAGGCACCCAGCACGUUCUACAUCAGUGUCUACAUCCUGAUUGCCGUUGGCGCUGUGAUGAUGUUUGUUGGGUUCCUCGGUUGCUAUGGUGCCAUCCAGGAAUCUCAGUGCCUGCUGGGAACUUUCUUUGCCUGCCUGGUCAUCCUGUUUGCCUGUGAGGUUGCUGCUGGUAUCUGGGGAUAUAUUCACAAGGACCAGAUUUCUAAAGAUGUGAUCGGCUUCUAUGACACUGUGUAUGACCGAGGCUUACAGGAAACAAUUGCAGAGAAGAAAGAGGCUGCGGCUGCUGUACUGAAGGUCUUCCACGAGUCUCUGCAAUGCUGUGGCAAAGGUCAAAUCACUUCAGUUAUCAGCUGGGCGACCAAUCUGUGUUCUGAGCCAAACCUUCUGAAACUCAAUCCGGACUGUCACACCAAAAUCAAAGAGCUCUUCAAUGACAAGAUCUACCUGAUUGGCAUUGCUGCCUUGGUUGUUGCUGUCAUCAUGAUCUUCGAGAUGAUCUUCAGCAUGGUGCUCUGCUGUGGAAUCCGAAACAGCCCUGUAUACUGAAAUACGAUUGGGUGAACCAGGCUGUGGGUGUGUGACAUCUGGAGAUACCAGCCAAUGAAACUGAAGGAAAACUUAUUCUCCUGAUUCAUUUUUGUAUCUACCCUAAUUACCUAAUGUAGUCAAUUUGUCUUAAGGAACAAAUGAUUUUAUUCUCUGGUGUGUUAAUAUGAUACUCUGAUUGUCACUGUCUGCUGUUGUGCUGCAUGUGCAUUCUUGUGGCAACACUGACCAUGUAAACAAUGGCAGACUAGAACAGAAUUAUUAGAUGCUUUACACACACACACACACACACACACACACACACACACACACACACA